AUGGCUAACCACGUUCGAUCAAACAGUUUGCCAUCUAAAUCUCAUCCCUGGAUGCAAAAUGUUGAAGACCAUUUGUGCAGGUUAAGGGCAUCAGAUUCUUCUGUUUGCUCAAGCUUGGCUAGCCUCAAAGAUUUGCACGAAACUAUCAAUGAUGUGAUUCAGUUGCCUGGAAUCCAGCAAGCUCUCUCGCAAGAGCAAGGCAAGAAUUGGGCUGAUGAGCUGCUUGACGGAUCUCUCAGGCUACUGGAUUCUUGUGGGAUUGCUCGGGAUGUUACGUUCAUGGUUAAGGAAUCAGUUCAAGAACUUGAAUCAUCUAUUAGGAGGAAACGAGGUGAAGCUGUCGUGGGACACGAUGUUGAUGCUUAUAUGGCCUCGAGAAAGAGAGUUACUAAAACUGUCAAGAAAUGCAUCAAGAAUUUCAAGGGCUUGGAGCAAUCUUCUCCUGUAGAUGUUCUAAACAUGGAUCAGGAUCUCAAGACCAUCACGAGCACAUUGGUAGAAGCCGAGGCCAUUGGCUUCUCAGUCCUGAAAUCUGUACUGAUGCUUGUUUCAGGGGUAAAGGCAAGUUCAAAGUCAAGAAGUUGGUCCCUGGUUUCGAAAUUCUCCCAAUCAAAACGUGUUCAUUUAGAGAUGGAGCAACGAAGCGUUUACGCUCUGAAUAUCCACAAGAACCUUAAUGGCGUGGAUGCUGCUUCAGUGCCUGAUUUCUUGAAUCAGUUGAAAGAAUCAGUAAUGACCAUCCAGGAAAUUGAAGUUGGACUGGAAUCUUUCUUCAGGAGCUUAGUCAAAACAAGAGUUUCUCUUCUUAAUGUUCUGAGUCAUUAGCCUGUUUCUGGCUUUUGCUCAUUUUUGCAAUUUUGACCACACCAUAGAGUUGUAUACUUAUGUA